ACUGACAAAUUAAUGGCACUACUCCAGUGCACUAGGAACAGUACACAUGUGCGUGCAUGCUCUGUUCUUAUUUCGAGUUUGUCCUGCAGAAAACCUCGCACCCGACUAUCCAAGCACAGAGGCCCCCGACACGAGUACACGACACGCCGUCAUGCGCCACGCCGCCGCCGCCGCCGUGCCGCUGGCGACCACCGUCGCCAUGCUGUACGCCCGCCUCGCCGCCUCCCUGACCGGCCCUGGCCCCCGCCGCCUCGCCGCGCUCCUCCCGGCGAUGGCACUCCUCCCCGUCCUCCCUCUCGCCCUCCCGUACUACAGCUACCGCGGCUUCUCCGCCUUCGUCUUCGUCUGGCUCGGCGAGUUCAAGCUCCUCCUCCUCGCCUUCGGCCACGGCCCGCUCCACCCGGCGCUCCGCCCUCUCCCGUUCGUCUUCACUGCCGCGCUCCCCGUCAAGCUCGUCGACGCCGCCGCGGCAGCAGCAGGCGCGUCGGCGUCGAGGCCACCGCCAGCUGCACCUGCAGCUACGUUCAAGUUCGUCGUCUCGUCCGCCAUCAAGGUCGGCGCCAUGGCGGCCAUCGUCCGCGUCCUCCACGCCAAGGAGGAGAUGCACCGCUACGCGGCGUUCUCCCUCAACGCCGUCUUCAUGUACUGCUUCCUCGACGUCGUCCUGCCGGCCCUCGGCGCGGCGGGCGUGGCGCUGGGCAUGGAGAUGGAGCCGCAGUUCGACCGGCCGUACCUGUCGGCCUCGCUGCGGGACUUCUGGGGCCGGCGGUGGAACCUCGUGGCGUCGGCGGUGCUCCGCGCCGCCGUCUACGACCCCGUCAGGGCGCGCUCCGGCGACCCGGCGGCCGGCGUGCUCGCCGCGUUCCUCGUGUCGGGGCUGAUGCACGAGGUGGUGAUACUCUACCUGACCUCCCGGGCUCCCACGGGGCGCGUCACGGCGUUCUUCGCGCUCCACGGCGUGUGCGUCUGCGCCGAGCGGUGGUGGUGCGCGCGCCAGCACAAGCGCGAGGCGAGGCCGCAGCUGCCUCGCGCGGUGGCCGCGCCGCUCGUACUGGGUUUCGUCGCCGGCACGGCGUUCUGGCUGUUCUUCCCGGCGAUCUACGGCGGCGGGAUGGACGACCUGUACCUCGCGGAGAUUGCAGGGUUUGCAAAAGGCCUCGGCCUUGGCGGAAGCUGGACAGGGGAAAACUAAUUCUAAUAUGUCCCAUCGUGUACAUUUUUUUCUUCAAAUUCAAUGCAACUAAUUGUAAAAUGGGACGCGGAUACUAUAUGCAAGUAUGCAUUAGUAGUAUAUACAUCGGUUUCAAAAUAUAGUAAUUUCUAGCUAUCUAUCUGAAUAAAUUAGUCAGAAGUUGUUAUAUUUUAGAAUAGAGUUUCAAGCAACACAUACCAAUGAG